UUCGAGCCGUGAGCAGGAACUUUUGGAUCGGUUAGCAUCACUCGAGAACAAACACAGAGUUUUCACGAUUAAAGAUUCGUAUGGGAAACAACGCAAGAAUUUCUCCUGGCCGGCCGAUAUCGGUUCAGUAACAUUGGAUACUAUGAAGCUGGCAAUUCUCAAAGUUCUCCCAUUUCCGCAGGAUACGAAGCCUGAAGAUUUGACACUACGUUUUGGUAAAGCUGAGGAGAAUAAUUGUGAAAAGUUAGGUUUGGAGGACGACGCAACAUUUAGGCAAUAUCUCAAAUCCUGCGCAUUGCAGGGAUCCUUAACUCUCAAAGUCCAGAUUGACGCGCGAUUCACGGCAAAACAGAAGCCACUCGGAGCGAAUACGUCUCCCCCAUUUCUUGUGGUUGCGACGUCACUAUUCGAGGGAUUAGUAAAAAUGUAUCCGCAACUAUAUAUUGAAGGAAAAUAUGGCCGAGGUCCGCUCGAUUUCUGCUUGAAACUCCUUGGAGUAAUAAUCGGUGUUGUCGAAGUAAAAAAAGAAGAUUUUGACCAAGGUAUGGCCCAGAAUGUUAUCCAACUUCACUCAUCUCUCGAAACUAUCUGGAAACGCAAGCAUGAGGAGAUCGAGAGUGAUUUUGCUGAUAAGGCAUACGGAAUCGUUACUGAUGGCCGAGCAUGGUAUUUUGUCGAAUUUAUUAUGGAUGGCGAUAAACCAAAAAUUAGCGCGCAUUCGGAAACGCCAGCUGUUUUGGAUUGGACGGAGGAAUCGGAGACUCUGGAUAAGGGUGCAGGUAGAAUCUUAGGCCGAAUCGUCUGGCUACUCAAGGAGGCGGAGCAAUGGGGAAAGCUAAAUAUGGCAGAGAAAAGGCAGAGAAUCAAUUAA